ACAAAACAAUUGUUUUGUAAACCGUUUCCAACAAAUACAAAAAUAAACACAAUUUCAACAUUUAUUUCAUUAUAAUACAACUAUCGAUAGCAAUAAGCGACCACUAUCUUGAAGACCACCAUGGUGUGAAUGCCUGAUGAAAUCAAUAAUUAGCCGAUAAAUCGCAGAUAAGGUGUCAUAAACAACACUGAGCUGUAGGCCACAACUCAGAUGUUCAUGCUUUUAAUCACCCCUGGUUUCAGACAUGGAUCAUGUUUAUAGGAGAGUCGCUGUGUCUCGUGGGGCUUUGCCUGCACCGUAGGCGGGAACUGCGUGAUUACAGACGCUUAGUUGCAGAAAACGAAUCGUUGAUGGUGAAAACAACUCCAGAAAUCAAAGAACCAUAUCAUGCUCGGCUCUUUCAGUGGGUGGUCGUGCUGCCGACCCUCUGUGACCUCGUGGGAACCUCUCUCGCAGGAAUUGGCCUGGUGUACGUAGAUGCAUCAGUGUGGCAGAUGUUACGAGGCUCCAUCAUCAUCUUUACUGGUAUUCUAUCAAAAAUCUUCCUGAAGCGCCCACUGAAAAUAUCUCACUGGAUUGGCAUGGUGACAGUGAUGAUAGGUUUGAUACUAGUAGGGUGCUCAAGCAUUUUCACGAGCCUGAGUAACAAAACUUCAGGCGGAAAGACAUUGCUGGGAAUUCUGCUGAUAUUGGGCAGUCAGAUUGUUAGUGCCGCUCAGAUGGUGAUUGAGGAGACAUUUCUGAAGAGUCGAAACCUUCACCCACUACAUGUCGUCGGUCUUGAGGGGUCGUAUGGAUUCCUGCUAAUGUCUUUUGUUGUUUUGCCAGCUAUGUACUUCAUUCCUGGUGCCGAUGUGGGCAAUAAAUACGAGAACAGCGUGGAUGCGCUCUACCAGAUGGCCAACUCUCCUCGACUGCUCGUGUUAUGCCUCCUGUACCUCAGCUCCAUUGCAUUUUACAAUUACUUUGGACUUGCAGUUACCAGGUCUCUUACAGCUGUACACAGGACGUUGAUCGAUGCUUGCAGAACCAUCAUGGUUUGGGUUGUAGACAUGUUGAUUUACUACGCUUUCGAUAAGAACUUUGGGGAACCGUUCGAAAAGUCGUAUGGUAUAUUGCAAAUUGACGGCUUCAUAUUUCUCUUGAUUGGGACAGCUAUCUACAAUCAGUUACUGGACAUACGGAACUUUGUGCCGUGCUGGACAUUCAGCUCCGAAGAGCUGUCAGCUGUCAACCCGAGUAACAGCAACAUCCAAGACGUGAGCUGUAGCGAGGAUGAGGACGAUGAGAAAACUAGUCUGCUUAAAGGACGGAACAAGUGAGCCUCGUUCUGGGAAAAUAGGGCUUAAUGCAUAUGCGUAAAGUGUCAUUCCUGAUUAGUCUAUGCAGACCACACAGGCUAAUCGACACUUUCCAUUACUAUUACACUAUGCGGACUGCACAGGCUAAUCUGGAAUGACACUUUGCGCAUUAUGAAUUAAGCCCACUUUUCCAAGAAUGGGACUCAAGUGAUUUGUGAUGUCAAAACACAUCGUUGUUUCAGACUGUAUUUCAGGUUGCACAUGUAGUGUAAAGCUUGAAAGUAAUGCAUGUGAUAUUGAACAUUGACACAUUUAGAUGUUUCAAAAGUAUGCAUUCAAUCUUAAAUUCGGAAAAUAUUUGUAUGCCAAAAUCACUUUUGAUCAAAUAAUUGUAAUACUUAUUAACUUGCCUGUGACUCAGAUUGUAAAUGUUAAAUUAUUGUUAGAUUUAGAAUAAUUUUAUCAUGUUAUUCAUUAUCGGAAUAGUACGCCGUUGCAUUGUAUCAAGAUAACAUUAAAAAUGGCCGACUAGCGGCUGUCAUGGAUUAAAAAAAAAUUCGAACGUUGUCUUUAAUAUUAGUUAAAUGCGAACGAAACCUCUCAUGCGUAAUAUAAGAAGUAUUAUUGCGUUGUUAAAAUUUUGCGUCAAUCAGAUUCAAGAUGGCUUCUUGGAACCAUCUUUUUCGGAUCGGCUGAUUUCCGUAAAACUUUUAAAUUUUCUUAAUGAAAAUAGUGAACACUCUGAUCUUCUUGGUCCUCUUGUUUUUAUCAACACCAUGGCAUCUCAAUAUUAAUUUCAACGCCAUAUUAUCUGUUUAAAAGCCAUUUCGUGUUUGCUUUUAACAAACUCGGAACGUUUUACGUUAUAAAAUUUCUUAGUGUCGAAGACCAAUGAAGCACUGAUGCAUGCAACCUGCAUCGACUGACAUCAUCUGCCUGUUUGUUCAUUUAUUUAUUAUCAGCAUUUUCAGUAGGUGCCCCAUUAUACCUAGUAAUACUCAGUUGUGUACGAAUCGUGUUACAAUUUAAUCCUGUACUUGCUUGUGCGACAAACGAUUUGCACUGCCUUUCAUAUCUUGAAUAAACCGAUCUAAGAUCUCAUACAUGUAUUUAAAAGUUUCAUUUCAUGUUAUAAAGUCUUUCAAAGACCCGCAUUAUUGACCAAUUAGUCUGAGACGGACCGAAGUGCAGUCAAAAACGUCAUAAGCAGUUUAAUUCAGUUUAAUUGCUCAAUUCUUCGAGACAACGUUCUUGAUGAAUAUUGUGGCAAACAUGUUAUUUUAUCAAUAUUUGUAUUAUAUUAAACUUCGAAUAAAAUGUAUUGCAUGCACGCAAUACUUACAGUGAA